GUCACUGCAAUGUACUGAGUUUAUCCGACCGCGAACUCGUGUUUUCGUAAGGUACAAUUUUGAAUGACUGAGAUAAGUUAUAGUUGUUGUGAUGUUGGAUUACAAACUUUAACUAUUUUAAGUAAUUAGUGACCACUGGUAGAUUUUGCACGAUGGCACGGCUUGCUCCGGGAAGCAGUCCCGUGGUUGAGAAGACAUUCAGGAAACGUCAUGGGAAGGUUGUCGCCAGAAAGGCCAUCUCAUCAGCUGUCUUUAUUCUGGUGAUCAUCAUGCUGCUCUUCAUUGACAUGUCCUACAGCACCAUCAGCAGUUACUUUGGGCUGGCCCAUCCUGCGAUGUGGUAUUUUGAGUGUGUGGGCAUCAUCUUCUGGCUGUUCCGACUGGUUCCAAGUAUCGUGUAUCUGGUGUCGUAUACAAGGGAUUAUUUCUUUGGAGAAGUAGUUGAGCUAACUGAAGAGCAAGCUAGACUACUCCGAGUUCAAAAGAAUGAGCGAGGUUUCAAGGUGUCACCGCGGAAACCUGUAGGUGACCAAUCGGCACAGAAUAGUUUCAUCUUCUCGGCAAGCACUCCUGUGACACAAACAAGUUUUGCCAGUGAUGGAUCCCGCCAUAGUCCAUCCUCCUACCUGUCUCAGUCUCCGUACGGGGGGUCGUUCAUGUUCUCACAGCACAGCCCCACAGCCUAUCAGUCGGUGUCCUCAUCAACGCUCUCUCCAUCACACUCACAGUCAUUUGAUAGGAGUGCGAACCUGAGUUCUGCCAACAAUUCUUCCACCCGGUUUGAUGUUAGUGACCAUAGUGGUCUGAGGUCCAGACACAACGCCACCUACACAAAACUAUCACCAGCUUCUACUUACGACACCAUCUCUGACAUGUCCACCUUGGCUCGCUAUCUGAAAGAACAGGAGGAGAAGGAAAGAAGAGGUUUGCAAGCUUCCCCUGAUACCAGUAGUCAAGGAGCCUCAUUCUGGAGUUUUGGAUCCAGUCCAAUGGAUCAUGUCAACGUACUGAGAAAAUACCAGUAUCAGGUCGCCACACGGUCGCCCCAGUCACCGACAGCUAAAGCCAGCAGCAGCGAUCAGUCCGUGUCAUCAGGGCUGGAAGAGGUGUGGAGUAGCUUUGGAGUAACUGAGGACAACUUGUACCUGUGGACAGAGAGACUCCGAAAAUGGCUGAGUCUUACCUUGAUCAUCAAGCUGGCCAAUGAACUUGAGAGAGUCAACAAUACGCUGAGGUGCAUCGGCUGUGAGGAGCUGCAGGCAGGAGAUGUGAGUGUGUCUACGUUAAAACAGCUGGCUUUGACGAAAGGAAAUUUUGUACCAUCUUUAAACACCAUCAUACCAUAUCUGGAUGUGUCGUCAAACCAGGAGUAUGUCGUCAAACGUAUACGAGACCUGGCUACAGGCGCCAUGUCCGCCUUUGCAUGGAACAGUGGAGGUAGUUACGGCAAGCCGUGGGGGGAGCAUCUCCCCACAGACUCCGUGCUGUUGAUGCACCUACUGUGCACCUACCUGGACUCUCUGUUGCCCACACAGCCCAGGUACCCAGAUGGCAAGACGUUCACCUCCCAGCACUUUGUGAAGACCCCUGAUCAACCUGACCAGGGGAAGAAGGAUGCAAUGUACAUGUACCAGGUGUCCAUCAACCCUCCCCACUUCCAGGUGAUCAUCGGAGAUGAGACCUUCAACCUACCCAAGGGCAGGAACAAUAUGUUCCAGGCUAUUCUGCUGUUCUUUUUCUACAUCAAGAUGAAGCGUGGUGGUAUGCUGGGGAGAGUCAACAUCGGCAUGUCUGGACUGAACAUCAUGUGGAUCUUCAACUGAGACUCCAACACAUAGUGCUAUCAGUGUUGUCUGUGCUGGGUCACACUGCAGGCAGGGCUCACAGGGGAUGGCUGGCCCAUGGGUUGAUGCAGCCCUUGGAAUUACAUCUACAUCACAAAGAUUAAAACCUUGUGUCAGUGUCUUGAGGCCCUUGGGGAGAAUCAGUCUGCCAUCAACGAAUGACGAUUAAUGCCCCAUGUAGGCAGAUGGUUGGAUGUCAACACUUAGGAGGGCAGAGUCUGUGUUGCAAGUUACACUAAUAAGUAGUGGAUUUUCUCAUAAUGAUAAUAUGUUUUACAAGUGCAUACGAUAAAGAAGUGUACAGUUUCCUCUGAAUACAUGUUGGUUUUAAUCACACAAAAGAAUACUUCUCCGGGAGUCCAUAUACGUCCAUUGUUAUACCAUUAUCUUGGUGCUAAUAAGGUCAAAAAAUAAAAAUAAUGGUGUUUCAGGUAACCCGAUCGAUCCAUUCUUUCACUUUCGACCCAAAUGUUUUUAUCACAGGUGGAAAGCCCUCAAGAAAUCCAAUUUUAACAUUUAGUAAGUAAUCUGAUAUAUUGUUUCUUUAGCUAUUUUGAGCUAAUAAUAGAUAUAAUUUUCUUUUAAAAUUUUGCGAAAGAACAAACAAUCCCACCUACAAACCUAUACGUCUCUGGUCCAGGUGACCUGAAAAUCAAGUGUUUUGUUGUUUGGCCUAAGAUUGGAUGGGUGGAGGGAUUGAUCGGACCACCCUCGCAAUGCAGGGGAAUUUUGUUAUGUUUGCCAACUUGAGGUGUCACACAAACCCCUGGGAAUCGGCUACAGAGGGCCAGCGCUUAUUUCUCCUGGAAUUCUCUCUCCUCUUUUACUCUGUUGAAUACUGCUGUCAAUAAAUAUAUUGCUAUUAAGUAUGUAAUAUAUGUGGUGCAUCAAAUGCAUGAAAAGAGAGAUUCAUAGGGUUAAAUUGUAUGCUGUCAGUUUUGUCGUUUGAUACAAUGAGAUUUUUACUGGACUCUCUUCAUGAGAUUAUUGAUAAUUGUGUUAAUUCUGGGUUAGAAUACAAUAGUCCACAGUAACCUAUGCUGGUCAGGCUCGGUGACUGAGUUGAUAAAGUGUUGUACUUCGAUGACGUGGAUCACUACUCAUAACAUCAAUCACUGGAUUGUCUAGUCCAUACUCGAUUGUUUACAGGAUGCCAUGAUGUAGCUAGCUACUGCUGAGUGCAGCGUUAAACAACAAACAAACAAACCCGCAUGAUGGAUACUCAUGAUGUCAAUCACUGGAUUGUCUUGUCCAGACUCGAUUAUUUACAGACCGCCGUCAUAUAGCUGGAAUAUUGCUGAGUGCAGCGUUAAACAACAAACUGACAUAUUCUUGAAAGUCUCUUUGUUAGAUUUGGAGAGAGUGAGUUAAUAUUUAACAUUACAUCAGCAAUAUUGCAACAAGGAGCAGUUAUCAUUGGGAGUGAGUGAGUGAGGGAAUGAGUAUGGUUUUACGCUACUUUUAGCAAUAUUCCAGCAAUAUCAUGGGAGGGGACUCCAGAAAUGGGCUUCACACAUUGUGCCCAUCUCGGGAAUCGAAACCCGGGCCUUCGGCGUGACGAGCGAAUGCUUUAACCACUAGCCUUAACCACUAGGCUACCUAGCUGCCCAGUUAUCAAAGGGGCAUGUGUGGAAUAGCACAACCAGGGUUUUAGGGUGUGCUGACACUCAUGCAUCAAUAUAUGUGUGUGUACCAGGUUGGUAGAAAGGGGCGCUUCAUAUAUAAUCCAGCAACCCAUGCUUGCCGUAAGAGGCGACUAUGCUUGUUUUAAGCGGAGACUGCUUGUCAUAUCAUUAUGAGGUGACUAACGGAUCGGGUGGUCAGGCUAGCUGACUUGGUUGAUGCAUGUCAUCGUCUCGAUUGUGUGGAUCGAUGCUCAUGAUGUCAGUCACUGGAUUGUCUGGUCGAAACUCAAUUAUUUACAAACCACUGUAUGUAGCUGGAAUAUUGCUAAGUGUAGCGUUAAACAACAAACAAACAAAUCAUAUGAUCCUGAGGACGAACCUAUGAACAUUUUGUAUAUCUGUACAUGAUAAAAUAUUUUUCAUUCCUUUCAUAUAGCAGUCUACAACCUUCAUGUUUACAGCUGUCUUGUCAAGAAGUAAUUCAUGAACAUCAUUCAUUGUACAUGCCCAUUGUCAUUGUGAGGUUGGUGACUGAGAGGAAGCAUUCUGUGGGAGUUCUGACAUCAAUAAAUGUUGAUAAAAUGA